AUGGCAGGUAAUGUCACUUUUCUACAAUCAGAAAUACAAAUGAUAAAAUUCUUCUUGAUCGUGAACCGCUAUGGUCAGACUCGUCUCGCUCAGUACUACGGAGAACGCCCAUCAAUUGAAGAGCGCCAAAAGCUUGAAAGUGAAAUCAUCCGUCAAUGCGUUUCCAGAAAUGAACAAAUGUCAUUCACAUUCCAUCACGGCGAUUUGAAGAUCGUUUACAAGCGUUAUCUUGCUAUUUAUUGCAUUGCCACUGUUGAAGAAGGCGCCAAUGAAAUCGCUGUCGUUUCAUUCUUUGAUUUCUUCUUCCAAACACUUAGAGAAUACUUCGGCGAUAUCACUGAAUUCCAUAUCCUUUAUAACCUACCUCAAUGCUACACUGCUCUUAACGAAAUCAUCGUUGACGGACAAGUUGUCGAAACAUCUAAGCAGAAAGUCGUCACAAUGCUAAACUCAAUUUACGUUUAA